AUGGACACCACCUUCUUCCCCACUGACACAUCCAUGGACACCACGGACACCUCUCCAUCCACGCUCAUCACCUCCAUCUCUCCCACCUUGGCUGCUAUAACCCCCACCACUACCACAGGCACCUCGGAACUCACCACAGGCACCUCUGCCUCCAUUCUCAUCUCUCUCACCUCAGCAAAUGUCACCGCCAUCACACACGGCAGAAAGACCGCAGCCAAGACCACCACCAUGGACACCACCUUAUUCCACACACACACCUCUUCAUCCAUCAUGGACACCUCCAAACCCACCACAGGGACCUCUAUAUCCCCUGUCUUCGCAACUGUGUCAGUAACCCCUGCGUCCUCAAGGGUCACCUCCUCCAUGAGCACCUCUGCAUUCAACCUCAUCACCUCCACUACUGAUACUUCUUCACCCGGCAUCCUCACCACUGGCAUGGACACCUCUAUAUCCACCAUCAACACCUCUACCAUCAAUACCACAAUACCUCUGCAUCUGCCAUUAUCACCUCCACCACCGGGAUCUCCACAUCCACCACAGACAGUUCUACUCCCACCAUUUUCUCCUCCAGUGCAGAAACCACUGUUUCCAUCACGGAUACCACAAUAUCCCACACAGAGGCUCCCACCAAAAACAUGA